AUGAGUAGGUCAAAUUGGCUAGUUCAAUCAGCUGUGUUAGUGCUACUUUUGGUUAUUGGAGGGGAAUCGGCAAAGUUUUUGGAUCAGGUAUCAAAGCAAGCGUUAUCAGUAUUACAUGGUUCCCAGAGAAGCGGAGAGGUUCGACAGUGUACUUGUGAUGAGAUGAAAGACUGCUAUCAUUCAUCAAAACUUCAAGCUUUAGAUUGCUUUGAGACGUGUUGGAAAUCGGAAAUUCAACGGUUCAAAUUAACGGACGAUCCUAACUCCCUGAAAGCAUGUUUUGAUGCUAAAAAACCAUUUGUGGACCAAGUGAUCAACUGUUUCCAGACAAAAGUUAAAGCAUGCACAGAGAAUGGUGAACCAGGAGUUCGGGUAAAGGAAUACGACUACAAAGAUAUGAUAAAACGAGUGGAAGACGCUGUGAACUCACAGAUUAACGCAUUUUUGAGAUCAAUUGGAAAUGAUAAUGUUAAGGCCGUGGUAACCGCCGGAACUGCCAUUGCCCAAUGCGUAAAAACAUGUUUCUUGGAAAAGAAUAAAGAUGGUUUCUGUUUCAACCGAAUCGGUUGUGAACCACAAAUUGAAGACAAAAAUGCACGAAUCGCCAUCCGUCAGUGCUCUCGGUCAGUGGCGUGGAAGAAGGAAAUGGAGACGUUCUGUCAUUGUUCAAGUGCUGCUGGAAUUAACGGUCUCUCCUCAUAUUGCGGUAUGCUCAACAUCAUUGGAUAAACACUUUCUAAUUUUGUUCACUUUUCUUAAAAGUUUUACUUUUUUUCACUUUUUUUCCGAAAACUUGUAUAAAUCCAUAAAUCAUGGUGCAUCAACAAUACACCUCGUCACUUUUCAUUAAGUCUCAAUGAUCUGAACUAAUGAUACAUGUCUUAUUGAUAAAAAAGAUCACAAGAUACAAAAAAACGUCACUUUCUUUAGGUUUUUUAGCUGAUUAGUGGUCAGUUUUUUAAUUGUAAGGGCAGAUGUACUUGCAGAAUUUGAAAAAUGAAAUCUUUUCUUC